UAUUUUAUUUUAUUUUUUUUUUUAUUUUAUUUUAUUCUUCAUUAUCUAAAUAAAUGACAGGAAGAAAACCAUUACUCAUUGCACCUCCAACUGAACCAUCUUAUUCUUCUCCUUCACCUCGCCUUUUUAAACCAUUCAAAGGUGUACGACAUUGGUGGAUACGUCAGUCAAACAAUGAAAACAAUCAACAACCAUUAAAUUUUACAAAGGAAGGAAUAGCAAUGACUUUGACUGCUGUUAUUAAUAUACAACAAGAUACUCAACCUGCCACAACUCUUCAUUCUUCAACUACUUUAUUUACACCGAAUGCUGCGUAUGAUACACAACGUACUACCUCCAAUACGUAUCUACCACCAGCACAUACUUAUAAUGCACGUGCUUUUGUCCAUUAUGAUCCUACUAGGUCUUUUCUUGCUCUUGGAGCUGAUUCAAUAUCAAACCAAACACAAGUAUUAUGGCUUUCUUUGGAACGUUAUUCUUGGUUGAUCUCACAAUUACAUGAAGAACAAUAUGUCGAUACUUUUUUAAAGAAUUGUUAUUCCAAGGCCAACUCUACUCUUUCUGCUCAACAAUAUAGACAUUCUACCUCUGCUCCUCCUUCUUGUGGCUCUUCCUUAUCAACACCCUCUUUAGGUCUAUACCCUUUUAUUUUCACUACAAGUCCGAUAUUAGCCGUACACAAUGCCCGCUAUACUUCUUCAACAGCAUUGACUCGUAGGCUCACCCGAUUUGUCCAUCUUGGAAACAGUAAACACUAUCAUCCUAUGAACGAUAUUUAUUUGUUUAUGAUACCAAAAGCUCUCUUAUUACAAGCAGCUGCUUAUAUUCCCAUGACCAAGCCUUUACCUCCAAUGUUUACAACAACUGACUAUCAGCAAGAAAAAAAAGAGACUACAAAAAUAGCAACAACAGCAUCACCAUUUACUGAUUUACUUCCAAAUGAUUCAAAACGAUUUACAAGAUACAUUCAUUUACUCACUAUGACAGCACAUGAUCUUAUCGCGAUACCCAUAUAUCAAAUAAAGAAUGAUUCAAAACAUGAUUCUACGUUCUCUCCAGAAGCUCAGCAUACAACAACAAAUUUGGAACAACAACAUGAAAAUAAUCAAGGUCAAUUCGAACUUUUCUGCUCAAGAUGUGGACAUACCCCAGGUUUUGAAACUUUGACAUAUACAACAUCCGGAUUCUCUGUAUCUGUAGACGCAAAUCAAUUAUUAGAACCAACAUUUACAAUUGUAUAUUUUCAACCUAUCGUUAAUAAUUCAAGCGAAUCAACCCAUCUAUAUCAUGAGACACGUCCUCAUUCGCAAUCACCAACCACCAAUUCAACGACAAAACAGCGCGAUAUCUCACCAUUAUUCAAUACUUUUCCAAAAAGGCAACAACAGACAACUACGAAUGGCACUCAACAUGGAUCUAUUGAACGAUUAUCUUGUACAGAUUCAACAAGUACAUCAGGCGCCACCACUGGAUCAUUCUCUAUUCCUUUUCAGAAAUCCAAUACCGAUGAUAUCAACUUGUAUACUUUUGAACGGAAAGGCUUCAUAGCAAUCGACCACGAACAUCAAGAAAUUUUGGUAAUCUUCCCUGAUCUUCCCUUAGCCAAAUCUGGAGGAACUAUUGAUCUGGACACUUCGUUUUUUAUUCCAGUCCCUUGGUAUGAAGAAGAGGAUGACAACAAGGAUGAAAUCAAUACACAAUCACAAUCAUUAGAUCAAAAAGGUCAACUUCUUUCUUCACUUGAAGAAGAGCAACGGAAAAAGAAAACAAACCGACGUAGAACACUCUUACGGAAAAAGAAUACAACAUCAGAUAUAGAACCAUCAUUAUCACCAUCACCACCACCUGUAUCACCACUACCACCAGUAUCAUCAACACCAUCAUCAGAAUCAUCAUCAUCAUCAUCUAUACCUUUUGUUUUGAAUGGAGCUCUUACUUCAUGGCGACGAUGUGAACUGGAUGUGGCCACUUUAUUGAUGCGAACGUGCAAGUCUACUCCUCAGCAUUAUCAUGUUGUGAUGAUUGGUCAUGGAUUAGGUGCAGCUGUAGCAUCAUUAUGUGCAUUAUCAUUAGUAUCUACAGGACUAUUAUCAAAUCGAAAAGUAUCUUAUUGUGGUGUACAUCCUCCACGAAUAGGUAACACUGGAUUAGAAGAACUGUUAUCAAGGCAAAAUAUCGAUACAACAAGGAUUAUGCAUCCCAAUGAUAUUAUGGCACAUCUUCCACCACGAACAUCAGGAUUGGUACAUAUUGGAAAUACAACAAUUAUUGACAACAAGAAAUGGAUGAUUCGAGGACAGAAUGCACAUGAUAUGGAAGAUAGAAUUGAUCGUAUUUUACCUACAGUAAAGACUUUUGAUACAGAUUACCAUGGAUCAGCUUUGGAUAUAAAUUUAUACCCUUCCUCAUGCACCUCUACCUCAUUAUUGACAAUUCCUUGAUAGACUUUAUUACUGUUAUUAUUAUUUUACCCUAUUAUUCGACAAUAUCAUAUCUUUUUUUUUUUUUGAAUACCAUUUACUUAUUCUUCCCCCUUUUUUAAUACUAUUUUGAAAAAAUAAAAAAUUAUGCUAUCUUAUUUUAAAAAAA